AAGAACGUGGGUAAGCUGGAAAACGCAUAUAAGCGGUGUUGAAACUCAAGUACGGUUUUAGUCUUAGUUGUGUGUUCGCGGAAUAAAUGUUGAUUGUUGAAUCGAUCGCGCAAAUGUCGAACUUACGCGAUUUACCGAGCGCCUUAGCCAAGAAGGCAGCACUGGAAUUGAAUGAAAAUCCAGCCGAUACGCCUUACUUUCUCAAUGCGUUACGUGAAUGGGUGGAACAGCAGCCACACUUGAAGUCACGUACAUGCGAUCAAUUUCUUAUCGCAUUCUUGCGGGCUUCGAAAUUUAGCCUGGAAAAAGCAAAAAAUAAAUUGGAAAAUUUUUACACAUAUCGUUCACUAAUGCCAGACUUAUUUACUGGUCGGUAUAAUUUCAUAAAAGAAGAAAAAACUCAGGCUAUCGUAAAAAGCGGUUGUCUGGUGCAUUUAGCAGAGCCCAUAGCACCAGAUGGUCCACGCGUUGUUAUGAUACGUGCCAACCAAUUUGACAUGCAGAUACACAGUAUUAUGGAUGUGUUCAGAGUUGGUUCAAUGUAUACGGAUUUCUUACUCUAUGAAGAUGACAAUGCAAUUGUGUCUGGUUAUGUGCUUAUAAUGGACUUGGGUGAUCUAAAGAAAGAUGUCGUAUUAAGUUUUCAACCAAGUUUUGCAAGAGAUUUGGUAAUUCUAGCUAACAAAUGUUCACCAUCACGCAUGAGAGGCUUUCAUUUUUUAAAGGUGCCAACGAUUUUUGAAACUUGCUUCAACAUGGUAAAGUCAGUGAUUAGUGCGAAGCUGAGAGAACGGUUUUACGUGCAUGGUCGUAAUUACGAAAAUUUAUAUGAACACGUUCCGAAACACAUAUUACCAAAAGAGUAUGGAGGUGAGUGUGAUAUGCAGAGCUUGCAAGAGAAGACUUGGCAAAGAUUACUCGAGAUGCAAGAAUUUAUAAAAGAGGAAGAUAAUUUUGGUAUCGUGAAAGGAGUGAAAAAAUGUAGCAGUGAUAUUAUGAAAUCCGAGAUGUUGGGAUUACAAGGAUCGUUUCGGCAGCUCAAUGUAGAUUAGUGAAAAAAUAGUUAUAAUUAGAUUUGUGUAUAUGCACUUAAGUAGGACUAAAUUAAUUAAUUUUAAAAGUAGUAAUAUUUUUAAAAAGGAUAAUGAAGCACAAAAAAUUUUUCCAGCACAUAAA